ACCUGAAGUAAUUCUAAGCGUUAAAAUAUUUUUUGUAGGUUUGUUCGGUUCCUUCACAAGGUGCACGCCUUCUUGAAAUUUUAAAAUAAAUCGAUAUACCAUUAAAAAAAUAUAUAUUCAAAGAUUGAUAUCUAAAAAUUAUUUUUCUUUCAUAACUCUGUGAAUAUAAAUUUAGGAAAAAACAUUUUUACAUAAAAAUAAUUGUAUUGUGAUUCCGAAGGUGCCGGCCUUCUUCACUUCACAUUCGAUACAAAAAAAUAAUUAUUGACAUAAUUCGUUAAUUAAUUUUUAAUUACAAACGCCUAGUAAUAUUGCAUAUUGCCAGAUAAGAAGUUUGCCCUUAUAAAUUACCAGGCGAGGCGCUUCGGUGUGUGGCGUGAGGUGACAACGGUCAGUUGUGUCUGUAUUGAAUAUUGUAAAUUAAGUGGUUUACGCGCGUUUAAGAGACUAUAAAGGUGAAAUAUGGGCAGGAAAAGAAAUAAAUAUUACCUAAGUGGUAAAACAAAGAGAGUUUACCGUAAGAACGCAGCUCGAAUGUGGCAAGUGAAAAACUCUGGAAAUGUAAAUAUCACGACCGAGUCGGAAAAUAAUGUACAGAGUAGUGCAAGCACAGAGACCGCAAAUAAUGUCAUAGUCAAUGUAUUGUCCGAGAGUAUGGGAAUCCCCAAAAAAGAACCAAUCAGACAAAAGUGGAUAGACGCUAUAGGUUAUGUCCCGAAAAGGAAAGACCCAGUAGUGUGCAGUUCCCACUUCAGACCUGAAGAACUUACGUUUGCUGGUCUGCAGGCACAGCUCACCCCUGAUGCUGUACCUUCUAUUUUCCCUGUGGUCGUAAUUUUCGGCAUCAUGGGAGCAUGCCGUCGUCAAGAACUCCACGACCUAAAAGUAAAAGACGUCAUCGACACACAAAACAUGCUUACAGUCCGUAUUAUGAACUCCAAGAAGAACCAAAUAGAUCGUAAAUUCGCUAUAAGCGGACCAUACUAUAAGAUUUGCAAGAAAUAUAUGGAUUUACGCCCAAUUAAAGCCGAGAUAAAUAAGUAUUUCUUUUUAAGAUAUUUUAAUGGACGCUGUGCCGAUCAAAACAUUGGAAUUAACGCUUUCGGGGCUAUGGGAAAAGUUGUCGCUAAAGAGCUGAAACUGCCUAGUCCGGAGUUGUAUACGGGACAUUGCUUUAAAAGGACUUCGGUGAAUUUAUUAGGUACUGAAGAUAUAAGAUUGGUGAAAAUGAGCUGGCAGCUAACGUCAGAGAAUAAGACUUUGAAAACGGAACGUGAUUAUAGUUUGUCUGGAAAGUUACAGACGGAACCAACAGCGCCGCUGAUCGCAGCACCACCUUCGCCAGGCCCGAGCCAGAGCACCAUAGAUGCCUUGGAUUCCGACGCAUCAACAGAAUACUUAGAAGAGCCGCAAGACCAUCUGACUCCUCAAAGACAAGUUUUUUCAGUUUCCAAAGCGUCGACAAAGCCGCAAGACCCUCUAAAACAAGACACAAAGCAAUGUCGGUUCUGUGGCAAAUACAGCGAAGACUGCGUUCCUAUAUCUCCAACCCAUCUAGCUUCCGUCACUACCAAACUAGCUUUCAAUGAUAUUGUUGUACAGUUCAGUGAAUCCUUACCGAAGACUGUCUGUAAAGAUUGUGAUGUGAAACUGCAAGUAAUUUACGAUUUUGUUCAAUACGCGAAAGCUGCGCAAGAAUUACUAAUUGAUGUUGAAGAUGGGGAAGAGGUGGUAGAAGUUAAACAUGAAUAUGAAGAAGAUGAUGAAACUGAUGAUAGCCUUCAAGAAGACAACGACAGUGAUGAAGAGAGAAAAGAACAAAUAGUAGAUUUAAUCACAGCGGGGGAAACUGUAUUUACUAAAGAUAAUAAAAAAAGGAAAAGUAAUGCAAUAAGAGUUGCUAAACCGAAGAAAACUAAAGUUGCUAAAAGUGAAAGUGGUAAUGAAGAAGUUAUUGAUAGAGAUGACACAGAUGACGAAGCUGAUAAUAUAGGAUUUUCUAGUAGUGACACAAGAACAAAUAAACCUAGUGAUGCAAAAUUUGCAAAACGUGUUUUUGUGCGUAAAGUGAGAAUUGAUGGAAACAGUUGAUGUGAUUUUUUAAACAGAACACAAAAAGAAUGAACUAUUCUGUUAGUGUAAUAAGCAAAAACAAAGUGAUUCUAAUUAAUUUUACUUAUGCAAUACUGGAUAAUUAUUUGUUGUUGGAUAUGUUUCAGUACACUCACGGACAGUUGUUGAACUAUUUAGGGUUUACUUUACAUUGGACAUUCCGUUAGUACCUAUAGACAACCAAAUUAUCUUGAACCCUGACUGGCCCAAAAAGUCCGCGACUGUACCUGUUUUCCUUCGUUAUUUCUCAAUUUUAUAAUUGUUUUUUUUUUAUGUCAGUAAAAUUUUAGGACAUUUUG